AGUGCUUGCGUGAAGAGGUUUGUCAAGGUGAAAAACGCUCUACGGGAUGAUUGCAUUAUGGCCGGACUUCACCAUUUUGGAAAUUAUUUGCCAAACCACGAUUAACCUGUUGCAUCGUCGACAUCAGUUAUGACAACUACACUCGGCCAAUUCCAGACGCAAUGCGAGAGUUUCGAGACUAAGGUAGUUCGAAGCCCUCAAUCGACAGUCCAAAAUACGCCGCAGAAGCCCAAAAGGAAACGUGUACGCCGCGAGAGAAUAGAGUUGGACCAACUUCGGUUGGAGUCACACAAACUCCAGAGAGAGCUCGCACAGCUCCAGGGGAUCCACAACGGACGAGACCAGAACGAAAUACACACCAAGACACGAAGCUUCGCUAACUCGAAGAUCACCGACGGCUAUCAGUUGAUCGCACCUCGAAAGAAAGAGCUACGAUCUGUGUGGCAAGAAAUCGCUCGGCGCCAACUCCAGGAGAGAUGGAAGGCUCAAACAACGAACAGAGAGCUACGAGAACAGCUCCAAGCAGAGUACGAACUCGGAAGGCAAAUGAUGGUCUUGUUGCACCGCAACGUACACGCAAAGCACUCAACAGAGCUCAAGGUCCUCAACAAGCGUCGUAGCUUGCUUCUUGAUCACGAGAAGUCCGUGUUCAAGGAUCAGGAGCUUCAAGCUGAAAGCGCACUGCUUGAGAUGGAGAAGAUCUUGCUACGUCCAGCAUACAGGAACCCCAGGGCUUGCUUUGUCAACACUUUUUUCGAGGAAAGCGGAAACACUCAAGCGUUUGUCUUGGAGUCAAACAUGACCCUUCCGUUUGCUUCACAAGUGACCGCAAACGCAGUCUGGAAGGUCAUGACUACGGACAAAAUGAAGUACCAUUGCUACGAACAUUGUGUUGUCUUCAAGUCAGAUACUGUGGUAUCUCAGGCGUUUGGGAUCCACUUCAUCACGGAUGUAUCGGACGCCGAAUUCCGCUGCAAGUACACAGUUCGGCGAUUUAGCGACGAUGGGCGGAUUAUUAUUGUAUGGGUGGCACUAUUCGAGCCUAUUGAGCUGAACGAGCUUCAGUACCAAGGUGUUCGAUGCCGACAGACCGGUUGGGUCGAGUUCAGUGAUCUGCAACUGGAAACAGCAACUACAACGUUAGCACGCUCAUAUUCACGACUUUCAGUCGAUGCAGACGAAGAUGCUGAAAAUAAAGAGCUCCAGACACGGUCGCUGUUCAGCCUUGCACAGCCAAUUCACGACAAAGUUGGGACCCUGUACUCGGCUCAUCUCGAGAUAGCACUGAUUCAAGAAGAUUGGAAACUGCACGGAUUCGCAGAGCCUGUCACGAGUUCUGAGAAAGAAGCAGGUUGUUUGCGAUAACUUCGUAUGGAUAAAAGCAAUUCGGCAUUGUCAACAUUCGCGCGCUCAAUAGAAAAUAUAUCCGAGUACAUUAGCAGUCGUAUACAAGGCCAACGAAAGCUUUAAGAUUAAAAAUAAUGUAGCGAAUGCUUCGUUCAUUAAUAUAUAUAUAUAAAUAUAUACAUACUUAAGC